AGGCAAAGCAUCCUCUUCCUUGUGUAUAAAAGAGCCGAAUGUUUCCUUAUGAGUUACACCCGCUGCUUCCUCUUCCAAGGUUCAGCCACAAGAAGCCGAAGCCGACAUGACUUUCUACGAUGACGUUUAUCCUUUUUACCAUAUGCGAAGGACGUCUGUCAUCUUCAAUGGCCAUUUGCUCACCGUUAUUGUGUGUUUCCUCGUGUCUGCGCUCAGUCUACUAUUUAUUCUGCCAGGGAUUCGAGGAAAAUCGCGGCUGUUCUGGUUCUUAAGGAUCAUUUUGAGCUUGUUUAUCGGCGCUGUCAUCGUGGCACUCAACUUUACUGACAAUUGGGCCGAGGCUCGUAUAAGCACAAACGCCACUUACAAGUCUUUCAGCAGUGCCGUGGUUAAUGCUGACGUUGGAUUACACGUUGGCCUGUACGGCAUCAAUGUUACCCUGAAAGGCAAUCCCGUUGUUCAGCUGAACGAAACCAUCGACUACAAUGAGAUGUUCAGCUGGCGUGAAACGAUCGAGGACGAUUACAAGGAAGCGUUGGAAAAAGGACUCCCGAACCCCAUCCUAUACAUCGCCGAGAAAUUCACUCUCAACAGCCCGUGCGGGCUCAUCUUUCACUACAGAAACUCUGGGCGAUAUGCGUCUGCAACACUCUGGGUGGCCUUUUGCUGCUGGAUGCUGGCCAACAUCCUCUUCUCCAUGCCGGUUAUUUUAUACGCCGGCUAUAUGAUGUUGGCUACGGCUGCCUUCAUCUUCAUCUCCAUGGCUGCCUUCGCCACCAUCAUGCAAGCGCCCAGCUGUGUUUUCUCCAUCGGAACCGCCACGUUUAAAGCGGGAUACAGCUUUUCAUUCUGGUUCGCUCUGGCAACCGGUGUUCUGUGCACCAUCAUUGGGGUUCUGGUGGUGGUAAUGAACUGGAUAGUACCUGAGAAGAUGAGAGAGGCUUUCAGCGUGGGUGUUGACAGUUUUGAAGACGAGGACAUUUCUUACGGCGCCACAUAUGUGAAUUCAGCCAUCCUUGAUGAUGUCACAGUAUCUCCAUGCACAACCCCCGAGGUCAUAGUGGAACGUCUAUGAGUCCCCGUCGACAAGAUUUGCGAUCAAUACUUGAAAAUCGACGAGAUGCGUUACUGAAAGAGAUUGUUGGAUGUCACUCGUUUCUGUGUCAAAUGUUCCUAUGUUUGUUCUUUGUAAUUUAAACGUACUGUACUUGUAAAUAUACAUUUAUUUUGUAUGGAUUCCAUGCACUGUAGUGUUAAUGAACGCAGAACCUUUUUUUUUUUAGUCUAGUAUUGGCCUGUAUUAUUUUUUUCACUGGCCGAAAAAUGACUAAAAUAUGUAGAUCCUGUAGGAUUAUGGCAAAUGUAUUAUCAGUGAUAUAUAGUAUGCUAUACUGCUCGUCAUAAUAUUAUAUAUAAUGUAAUAAGGAAGUGUGGUAAAAUUAAAUGUUUUA